AUGCUGGGCAGCCUGGCGCCCUCCAGCGUCAGACAGGGGAGAUCGGGAGCAGGCGUGACACCUAUUCCCUUCAUGGUGCAGUUCUUUAGACCAGGCUCCGUAGGAAAGAGAGUAGCAUUUAGGCCUGAGCCCUUAACCCCCAAAGCUCCAGCCCAGCUGUCACUGGCAAGGUCAGCCAGAGGGGCAUUCCCUGAUUGGUCAGCCCGUAGCCCAGCUGAGAGAGGUCAGGUGAUGAAUAAACUGGCUGACCUGAUGGAAGCUCAGCUGGAAGAGUUGGCCCAGGCAGAGUCACGAGACCAAGGUAAAACCGUAAUGUUUGCCCGUACGGUGGAUGUCCCGCGGGCGGUCGAUAACUUCAGGUUCUUUGCCUCUUCUGUUCUCCACCACACCACCGACUGUACUACCAUGGACCAUCUGGGCUGUGUCAACUACACUGUCCGUAGUCCUGUGGGAGUGGCUGGUUUGAUCAGUCCCUGGAACCUGCCUCUAUACCUGCUCACCUGGAAGAUCGCUCCGGCUGUUGCUACGGGCAACACGGUGGUUGCUAAGCCCAGCGAGAUGACCUCCGUAACCGCCUGGAUGAUGUGCAAACUACUGGAGGAGGCCGGGUUUCCGCCGGGUGUGGUCAGCAUGGUGUUCGGCACCGGCCAGCGGGCGGACGCUCUCGUGGGCCACCCUGACGUCCCAUUGGUCAGUUUCACGGGCUCCACGACGGCCCAGCGGAUCACAGAGCGCUCGGCUCCGUUCUGUAAGAAGCUGAGCCUGGAGCUGGGCGGGAAGAACCCCGCCAUCAUCUUCUCAGACGCUGACCUAGACCAAGCUGUCACCACCACCGUACGAUCCUCCUUCUCCAAUCAGGGUGAGAUCUGUCUGUGCACCAGUAGGAUCGUGAGGAGUAUUUGCAAAGAGUUCCUGAAGAGGUUUGUGGCGGCAGCGGAAUGGAAGACUGGUGCAUCCCUCCGACCCGACAACAAUAACGGACUCUGUCAGCAGGAACACCUGGAGAAGGAGUCUUGA